AUGCAGCCACACACACCCACACACACCCUCAUACAAUUUCCAAGCAUCCUGGCAGUCUGGGCACAAAGGGUCGCGACUCACUGAGAGGCACAAGCUGUUGCGGUUAAUCAGAGACAGCGCUUACACUGAGAAGACUAAGGCAGAGGAGGAAGGCAGGGUGUUUUUGCACUGCACAGGUCAGCUGCAGGUCCUCAGCUCCAGAGAGCUUAUGUAUGAUGCGUUUGGCUGACAAACAGAAUUCAUCUGAGGAAGAAAUGAGCUUGGGGGCAGCGUGUAUUUUCUUACGGGGAGGGAAAAACAUUACAAGACAGCUGGCUGAUGAUGAGAUUGAUGAGCUGCGUGAUGCAUUCAAUGAGUUUGAUAAAGACAAGGACGGGCUGAUCAGCUGUAAGGACCUGGGCAACCUGAUGAGGACAAUGGGUUAUAUGCCCACUGAGAUGGAGCUGAUCGAGCUGAGCCAAAAUAUCAACAUGAACCUCGGUGGCAGAGUCGACUUUGACGACUUUGUGGAGUUGAUGGCCCCGAAACUUCUGGCAGAGACGUCUGGAAUGAUCGGUAUGAAGGAGCUGAAAGACGCUUUCAAAGAGUUUGACAUGGAUGGAGAUGGCGAGAUCACAACGGAGGAGCUGCGAUCAGCCAUGAUAAAGCUGAUGGGAGAGCACAUGAGCCGGAGAGAAAUCGAUGCCAUAGUGAAAGAGGCCGAUGACAACGGGGAUGGCACAGUAGAUUUUGAAGAAUUUGUCAGAAUGAUGUCCCAUCAAUGACGGUCGAGGACAAGGCCAGUCAGGAACAUUCAUUUGCACCUCUGCAAACACGCACUAACACUGAUGCUGUUCUUUUCUGGGCUUGCAAAUGUUAAAAUUAGAUGCUCAAAACAAGCAAUAUCAGACUGAUCUCAGAGUGGAUUUUAUAGCUAUGCAAAGAAUAACAAUUUGUAAUGAUUUUUCAAGCAUAAGAGUGCUAAAAAAAACCAAAACUCUGUUGUUAUGUUUCAUCAUAUAUAUCAGGGAUGUCAAACUCAUUUAGUUCACUUUGAUCCUAGUGGGCAGUGGAAAGAAGUCUAAGUAUAUAUUUAAUCACUGAAAUAUCUUAACCCUUUAUUGACCGGCCCUCAAAUUUACCUGUAAAAUGGGCCCGCCGGUGGGCCCAUGGUCAAUAAAGGGUUAAUAUAAGAAAAAGAAGUCCAAGUAUGUCUCAGUUUUUCCACAUGAUAAAGAAAUAAUGCUGUGGUAAAUGAAAGAAACCUUUCAGCAUCUCUUUUGGCUUAGAUUGUGAGAAAUAACUGUGUAAGAUUACAGAAAAAAUCAGAAAGUUCCUGUUACUUCACACAUAGUGUCCUUUUUUGUGGACUUAUUGUAAAAAACUGAAACUUCUAUUUCUUCUGUAACCUUUCUGUGUUUAAUUGUUUACCUAUUACUUAAUUACUUUGGUGUAGAAUGAAUGGGCACGAGGAAAGUCUUCAUCAGCAGGAAAAAACUCCAAAACUUGUUACAAUACAUUAAAAGUCCAAAAAUGUAUGCAUAUCUUCCAAAGGCAUCUCAUGGACCAGAUUGUAGUCUUUGCCAGGCCCACUCUGGCCCCUGGGCCUCAUGUUUGACAACCCUGAUAUAUACUGUAUACAGUGGAAGUUUGUUGAAAUGGAAUUGUUUUUAUAUUUGUAUUGUUAUUAAAUUAUUCUUACCAUUUAAACAAUGUUACAACAAAGCAGGAUGUAAAGUUAAGUCACUACUGUACUGUACAUUAUUAACCUGAGCUGGUUGUAUUAGGUAAUCUGUAACUAACUUUCAACAAGUGAAGCAGUAACAUGGAUCUGCUUUUCUUUGGCAAAGCACAAAAUAAAACAUCUGAUCUGAA